UCUGCAUGUAUAAUCUUGAAUAUAUCUGCUACUAAAUAAGAUAUAAGCAUCAUGUAAGCGCAUGUAUAUCAGAACUCUGAAGUCACAACGAACGCCCAAAACCAAACCAAAAGCAAGCAGAACAACGCACAAAACCGAAAUCAUCUAAUCAUAAAAAGGCAGGUAAGUCAUCACGUCAUUAUCAUAACCCUUCCAUCCCCUCUCACAAUCCUCCCCCCAAACUCAAUCCCUCACCACCUAUCAUAUCCCCCAUGACUAGGACUGCUCUGUCUCGACCGACUCCGAUGACGCCGAUGACCAUGAUGAUGAUGACCAUGGUGAUGAUGAUGAUGGCCAUGCCCAUGGCUCCCACUAUGGCUACUAUGGCUGUGGUGGCUAUGACUAUGACGAUGUCUCCUCCUGCGUCUUCCAUCAUGCGAAGAGGAAUGAUGCGAGCGGCCGUCGUCGUCCUCGUCGUUGCCCUGCCCACCACCGCUUUCACUCAUCUUGUCGCCCAGAUAGUUCCCCAGUAACGCGCCCCCCACGGCGCCCAGGAACCCGUGGCUCUUCUUAUGGCCGAGGUAGUAGCCCGACGCGCCCCCGAUUAGCGCACCGCCGAGAUUGCGGUCUUUGCCUUCGCCGUCGCUGUCGGAGGCGCCGCCGCGCUCUGCGUCGGAGGGUCUGUCGCUGGCGGGUGGGGUUGCGGUAUUGGGGUCGUUGGGGUGUUGGUCGUAAUAAUCCGCAUUACUUCCCUGACGAUGAAUCCCCGGCUGCGGAUACUCCGCAGACACGGGGCUGAGAUACUCCGCGGGCUGCGGCAUGGGAGGCGGCGGGACGAUAGGCGCAGGAUAGGACCUAG